CACCAUUUUGUGAUGAACCAGAAGAGAGAAGACGGAUAGGGCUGGGGUAGUUGUUUAGUUCGCUGUAAAGCUAGGUAAAUCAGUUAAGUCGUUUUUUCCCCCUUUCCUAGAAUAUAACAUAUAUGUUUUUUAAUACGAAAGAAGGGAAUAUUAUAUAAACACGACGUCUAUCGCUAGUUUUAAAAGAACAGCUGAGUCAGUUAUCUAGUAAGCUAACGUAAGCGCGUGAGCCGAGCAGAUUAAAUAUUAUAUUACAACGCACAGAUUCGCAAUCCAAGACCAAGCCGGCGAGCGUGAGAAGAAAAUGAGCUCCCCCUCUACUCAAAAAGUUGUGCUGAAAAGCACCACCAAGGUGUCGCUGAACGAGCGCUUCACAAACAUGAUGAAGAACAAGCAGCCGACCGCCGUUAGCAUCCGGGCGACCAUGCAGCAGCAGCACAUGGCCAGCGCGAGGAACCGCCGUCUCGCCCAGCAGAUGGAGAACAGGCCGUCAGUGCAGGCAGCACUGCAGCACAAGCAGAGCCUGAAGCAGCGGCUUGGGAAGAGCAACAUCCAGGCACGACUGGGUCGGCCCAUCGGGCUGCUAAUGCGCGGAGGUGCCGGUGGUCGGGGCUUCGGUGUCACAGGAAUGCGUGGAGCUACGCGUGGCCUCCGAGGACGAGGCAGAGGAGGUGCCAUGAGAGGAGCGCUGGCUCUGAGAGGUCAGCUGAAGAGCCGCGGUGCUCCAGGGCGUUUGGGUAUUCGAAGGGGAAUGCGCCAGCGUGGAGGAGGCACAGGUCGAGGAGCCGCUAUGAUUGGUCGUGGAGCCACUCGCGGAGGCGCUGGAGCCCGAGGUCGCGGAAGUCUGCGAGGUCGCGGCGGUUUUCCUGGAAGAGGCCGUGGUCGAGGGAGAGGCAGAGGAGCAGGACGUCCUGCCGUCACCAGGGAACAGCUGGACAAUCAGCUGGAUGCCUACAUGUCCAAAACGAAGGGACAUCUGGACGCAGAGCUUGACGCAUACAUGGCCCAGGCUGACCCGGAGAGCAUGGAGUGACCUGCACAUGCACACACCGAUGUCUCGUCAACUAGGCAUUUUUUUUCCUGAACGUCCGAUUUAAUAAAAAUACUAUUCACACUGAACUUUGUACGAAGUGACGAGAGAUCUGUGCCCAGAGCUGGAUCUACCGUCAGAAGUCAAGCUCCUUAAGCUUAUAUACUAAUUAGUGGGAAAAGGAGCUUCUCGUUAUAGAGCAUUAGUGUUUACAAAAUGCUGAUAAAAGGAAAGUGGAAGUGGUCACCCGGUCAUGUAACUGCGAGCUUUGGACCUUCAGAAAACAGACUUUUUGCCCUGUGAGUUUUAUUGAGCUGAACUUUAGAGAAAAUAUGAUUAUUAUUGUUAUUAAUAGUUGUCUGCUCUAAAACCUAAUCAGAUUUGUUCUGGCACAUAUGGUUCCUGAACACACUGUGCUUUAAACGUGCUUCCCGUCCAUCUUAUGUUUUAUUGUGGUUUUUAUGGUCAUAUUGUUCUCAUGAACACAAACCUGUGACAAUACAGUUGUUUGUGAUUGGAAAAAAAAAAAAAAGUCCACUACCGAACACCUCGGCCUGUUGUAAUUCAACAACCAUUUUUACUUUGUCUUUUAAUAAAUCUUGGUUUUGAUGGACAA